AAAUUCCAAACACAGAAACAGGAAAAGUAAAAUAAAAUAAAAAUAAAAAAAUGUUUGUAGCGUCUCCGGUGAAAACGAACUUCCACGGCGUCGGAUUAGUGAGAUCUCCGGCGUUUCCCGUGCUUUCACGGCGGAGACACCACCGUGUUCCUCUUUCCGGACAAGUUCGAGCUGUGAUUUCCCGGGAAGAAAAGGCGGUGGACCAAGAAGGUGAAAAAAGCGUAAACAGAUCACUUGUAACUAGUUCUUCUCCUGCGUUUCCAUGGCAGAGAUCUAAGUAUAUGGGAUCGAAAACGGUUGUGGCGGUUGUGAAGAUCAGAAAGAAGAUGAGAGAGAAGCUAACAGAGAGGUUUGAGCAUCAAUUAGAGCUUUUAAUGAAAGCGAUCGGUCAAGGGAUGUUAAUCCAGCUUGUUAGUGAAGAAAUCGAUCCUGAAAGCGGUUCAGGCAGGAGGAGUUUAGAAACUCCGGUGCUUGGACUCCCAAAGGCUAGGAACGAUCCAAGAUACCUCGAGUUCACAGCCAACUUCACUGUCCCAACAGAUUUUGGUAAACCUGGUGCCAUUCUUGUCACCAAUCUCCUUUCCACAGAGAUUUGCUUGUCGGAGAUUAUCAUCCAUGAUGACAAUGACACCAUUCUCUUCCCUGGUAACACUUGGAUCCACUCCAGGAAUGAUAAUCCUCAAGCCAGGAUUCUCUUCAGAAGUCAACCAUGCUUACCUUCCAAGACUCCAGCUGGGAUCAAAGAGCUACGUGAAAAGGACUUGCUCAGUGUCCGUGGUACCGGAAAAGGCGAGAGAAAGCCUCAUGAGAGGAUCUUUGAUUACGAUGUUUACAAUGAUUUGGGAGAUCCACGUAUAAAAGAUCGUGUUAGGCCUGUUCUUGGUAAUCCUGACAUGCCGUAUCCAAGACGCUGCAGGUCUGGCCGGCCUCUAAUUUCAAGAGAUCCACCGUGUGAGAGCAGAGGAAAGGAGAAGGAAGAGUUUUAUGUUCCAAGAGACGAAGUUUUCGAUGAAAUCAAGAGAGAUACUUUUACCGCUGGCAGAUUUAAGGCUCUCUUUCACAAUCUCGUGCCAUCUAUUGCGGCUGCAUUGUCAAACUUAGACAUUCCUUUCACAUGCUUCUCGGAUAUCGACAGAUUAUACAAAUGUGACAUUGUCCUGAGACCGACCGAGCCAAAAAACACAGGCCUUGGCGGAUUCUUUGGCGGUUUUGUGGAUGGGAUCCUCAACGUUGGAGAAACACUACUAAAAUACGACACUCCAGCCGUUAUAAAAUGGGACAGAUUUGCGUGGCUGAGAGACAAUGAAUUCGGACGUCAAGCUCUUGCUGGUGUAAACCCUGUGAACAUUGAGCUGCUCAAGGAGCUGCCAAUUCGAAGCAAGCUUGACCCGGCUAUAUAUGGAUCUCCUGAAUCUGCUCUCACAGAAGAAAUUAUAGCUCGAGAAGUUCAACACUAUGGGAUGACUAUAGAACAGGCGUUUGAGGAGAAGAGAUUGUUUCUAUUGGAUUACCAUGACAUGCUCUUGCCAUUUGUAGAGAAGAUAAACUCCCUCAAAGAGGAUCCAAGAAAGACAUAUGCUUCAAGAACAGUUUUCUUAUAUUCAAAGACUGGUGCUCUAAGGCCAUUGGCCAUAGAGCUCUCGCUACCUCCUACGUCCGAGAACGAGAACAAGUUUGUUUAUGCUCACGGACAUGACGCUACUACUCACUGGAUGUGGAAACUAGCCAAAGCCCAUGUCUGCUCAAAUGAUGCUGGUGUUCACCAACUAGUGAACCACUGGCUAAGGACUCAUGCUGCCAUGGAGCCUUAUAUUAUUGCUACUAACAGACAAUUGAGUACGAUGCAUCCGGUUUACAAGCUGCUUCACCCUCACAUGCGCUACACGCUAGAAAUCAAUGCACGCGCGCGUAAAAGCUUAAUCAAUGGAGGAGGAAUCAUUGAAAGUUGCUUCACUCCCGGAAAAUACGCCAUGGAACUAAGCUCUGCAGCGUACAAGAGUAUGUGGCGGUUUGACAUGGAAGGACUUCCUGCUGAUCUUGUUCGAAGGGGAAUGGCAGAGGAGGAUUCUUCAGCGGAAUGUGGCGUGAAGCUUGUGAUCGAAGAUUAUCCUUAUGCAUCAGAUGGUCUUUUGAUAUGGAAAGCUAUCAAGGACCUAGUUGAAUCAUAUGUCAAACACUUCUACUCUGAGCCCAAAUCCAUAACAUCUGACUUUGAGCUUCAAGCUUGGUGGGAUGAGAUCAAGAACAAAGGUCACUACGACAAGAAAGACGAGCCUUGGUGGCCUAAACUCAACACAACACAAGACUUGUCUGAUAUCUUAACCAACAUGAUAUGGAUCGCUUCAGGACAACACGCAGCCAUUAACUUCGGGCAAUACCCGUUCGGAGGAUAUGUCCCUAACCGACCAACGCUCUUGAGGAAACUUAUACCGCACGAAGAUGACCCGGACUACGAGAUGUUCAUGCGGAACCCUCAGUAUAGCUUCUUAAGCUCUCUACCAACACAGCUCCAAGCAACGAAAGUGAUGGCGGUUCAAGAGACGCUCUCGACGCAUUCCCCUGAUGAAGAGUACUUGAUUGACCUGAGAGAAGUUCAGAGACGUUGGUUUCAAGAUGAGGAAGUUGUUAAGUAUUUCAACAAGUUCUCUGAGGAACUUGAGGAGAUUGAGAAAAAAAUCAACCAGAGAAACAAAGAUAAGAAACUCAAGAACAGAACAGGUGCUGGUAUGCCUCCUUAUGAACUACUUCUCCCUACUUCACCACAUGGAGUCACUGGCCGUGGUAUUCCCAACAGCAUUUCCAUUUAGAUGUAUGUAUGCACAAAACAGAUUUAUGAAUUAUGUGGUAUGUUUUUUUUUCUUUUUUCUUUUUGUGAUAGUCUCUAAUAUGAUCAUAUGAGGAAUA